GGAUAUUCCCAAAAAAACAUGAUUUAACGAUAACGUUUUCGAAGUUCGUUAAUUUUUUUUAACAGUAAUUAGGAAAUUCUGCUUUAGAGUCAUUUUUGCAAUUAAAUACAAAACACUCUUAAACCUACGUGCCAGUCGCUUUAUUAACUUUUUUCCUUAUUUUUCAGCUUCAGACAACACUUUCACAAUAUCCAAACCACAUGGAUUUUCAGAAAGUCGGCGAGGCUAUUUUCAACAAUGAAAAGUAUAAUAUCCUCAAGCCAACCACUCACAUAGUAUCUGACUAUUUCAAAGAUUUCAUGUUACGACGAGAAAACACAGAUAUUCCAACAAAAAGAGUAUUUGUAGACAAAAAUGGAUUCCGACAUUUUUGGUCUGGAUUUGGGUCUGCAAGCAAAAGCUUAAGAAAAACUGACGUUCGCAGGAAUAUAAAAGCUGGAAUUAAGAAGCAAUUUUUGCGUGGCGGUGAUGACACAGAACAGCCUGAGGGUGAUACGACUACUGUAAAAAUUGAAGUAGCAACAACCGUUGAGGCCACUGAUGAGACUAAAAUCAAGGUGCUGAAAGAAGGAGAAGAUCCUGAAAAGAAAGACACAGAUGAUAAGGGUUCAGAUAAAAAGGAUUCAGACAAAAAGGAGUCAGAUGAUAAAGAUACAGAAAAAAAGGAUUCAGACAAUAAAGAUGCAGAAAAAAAAGAAUCGGAUGACAAAGACAAAAAGGAAUCGGAUGAUAAAGAUUCAGGCAAGAAGGAAUCUGACGAUAAAGAUUCAGACAAGAAAGAUGCAGACAAAAAGGACGCUGAAGAUAAAGAUGCAGGAAAAAAGGAUACAGAAAAAAAAGAAAACGGUGAUGAAACUACAACAACUAAAAAAAUUUCAACUAAAUCAACAACACCAAAACCAGCGGAUAGAGUUGUAGCUAAGACGACAUUCUUUUGUCCGUUCUUUGGAGUCAUAACUAUGGCGGCUUUCCUUGAUUAAAUUUUGAUUUUUGAAAACA